UCAUACACUUUAUAUCUUCAUACAUGUUUAUAAAUAUAUAUCUCUAUAUAAAUAUAAGCAACACUAAUGCCCCCCUCCUCCUACUCCACAUUCCUUUAUCUUCUGCUUUAAGGGGGGAGAGAAGCAGAGAAAGAAAAGACAGAGAAGGAAGAAGUUCAAUAUUUGCAGAAGAGAUAAAAACAGUUACCGAGAGUAAUAUGGAGAUGAGAGAUGAAAAGCUUGGUUAUGUUAAUCACCUAAUGCUUCUGCUUCAAGCUAUGGUAUUCCUACUUUGCAUUGGGCUCCUCCUUUCCUUCUCUGCCGACGGUGGCAGCUUGAUGGUGGUCCCGCCACCACGGAGUUCUCCGGUGAGACUUGAAAGUCCUCCGGUGGAGUCGAGUAGUGGACAGCACAAUGCUCGCCUCGCCAUGGACCUUAUCUAUGCCAGCAAGAGGAAAGUGCCGAAAGGUCCUGAUCCCAUUCAUAACAGGAGAGCUGGAAAGUCAGGGAGGUUGCCUGGACAGGCAUAAUGGCAGCAGCGGCAACAGUAAUGAUGAUGAUGAAGGACAUUGGCCCUCAUGGUUGCCAAAUUAUCUUGGAUUUGGAAGCAUGAAUUGCCAAUUGGGAAGUCUUUAUACACUCUAACAGAUGGUUAACUUAAGCUUCUUUCACACAAAAACACAUUGAAGAUUCUUGACAAAGAUGGAUUGAGCUUUUACAGUCACUUUAGUAGAGUAUCUACUUUCAGUUUGAGCUUGAAAGAAAUAAAGCACAGAGAGAGAAAGAGAGAGAAAUGAAACUUUAGUUGUUGAUUUAGCCUUGUAAUAACUGGAGACUGAAGAAGAACUCUAAGAGAAAAUCGAGAUAAGUAACCAUAGUGCUGUCAGUUUAAUA